CCACCCCCAGAGCGCAAGAUGGAGGUGACGGGGUUAUCAGCGCCCACUGUGACCGUUUUCAUCAGCAGCUCUCUCAACAGCUUUCGCUCGGAGAAGCGGUACAGUCACAGCCUCACCACAGCUGAAUUCAAGUGUAAACUAGAGCUGGUGGUGGGCAGCCCUGCGUCUUGCAUGGAACUGGAACUUUAUGGAGCUGACGAGAAGUUCUGCAGCAAGCUGGAUCAGGAGGAUGCCCUACUGGGCUCCUACCCCGUAGAUGACGGCUGCCGCAUCCAUGUGAUUGACCACAGCGGUGCCAGCCUUGGGGAAUAUGAGGAUGUGUCCAAGGUGGAGAAAUACAGGAUCUCACAGGAAGCCUAUGACCAGAGGCAAGUCUCAGUCCACUCCUUCCUGAAGCGCAGCAAGUUAGGCCGAUACAAUGAAGAGGAGCGGGCACAACAAGAGGCUGAGACCACCCAGCGCCUCACGGAGGAGAAGGCCCAGGCAAGUGCCAUCCUUGUGGGUAGUCGUUGUGAAGUGCGGGCACCUGGGCAGCCCCCUCCGGGGACCAUCAUGUAUGUAGGACUCACAGAUUUCAAGCCUGGCUACUGGAUUGGUAUACACUUCGAUGAGCCACUAGGGAAAAACGAUGGCAGUGUGAAUGGGAAACGCUACUUCGAAUGCCAGGCCAAGUACGGUGCCUUCUUCAAGCCGUCAGUUGUGACCGUGAGGGAUUUCCCUGAGGAGGACUACCGGUUGGAUGAGAUGUAAUGCCCAAGGAAGGACAUCCUCUUGCUCCAACUACCUUGCCCACU